AUGUCGACACAAGCACCCAUCCGAAAAGCUAUGCCCUCAGCAUUGACAUUUGAGCGGCAUGCGAAAUGCUCAACCACUAGAGCUCGUGCAAGCACCCUCCAACUCCCUCAUGGCUCUGUCCCUCUCCCCAUCUUCAUGCCCGUCGCAACACAGGCAUCCCUCAAAGGCUUGACAUACGACCAGUUGCGCGAAACAGGAUGUAUGCUUUGUCUGAACAACACAUACCACCUCGGAUUGAAACCAGGACAGGAGGUCCUUGAUGCUGUGGGUGGAUCACAUAAACUGCAAGGAUGGGAUCGGAAUAUCUUGACCGACAGCGGAGGAUUCCAGAUGGUCUCUCUGUUAGAGUUGGCUACAGUUACCGAGGAAGGCGUGCGAUUCCUCAGCCAUCAUGAUGGCUCGCCGAUGCUUCUUACCCCCGAACACUCCAUUUCUCUCCAAAAUUCCAUCGGCUCCGAUAUCAUCAUGCAAUUAGACGAUGUGAUUGCUACUACAUCCCCAGAUCAGGCUCGAAUCAAGGAAGCCAUGGAGCGCUCUGUACGGUGGUUAGAUCGUUGUAUCGACGCACAUAAGUAUCCCGAAAGACAGAACCUAUUCUGCAUUAUUCAAGGCGGCCUAGAUUUGGAGCUUCGGAAAGAGUGCUGUGCCCAAAUGGCGGCUCGUGAUACACCGGGAAUCGCUAUUGGAGGAUUGUCUGGAGGCGAAGACAAGGAAGAGUUUUGCAAAGUUGUGGCGACAUGCACUGAAAUUCUACCAGAGAACAAGCCCCGAUAUGUAAUGGGCGUGGGAUACCCCGAGGACAUCGUUGUGGCAGUGGCCCUUGGUGCAGAUAUGUUCGACUGUGUGUGGCCGACACGAACUGCACGCUUCGGCAAUGCCAUUGUCUCGUCUGGGACCUUGAAUCUUCGAAAUCGAUGCUAUGUAGACGAUUUCACCCCGGUUGAAGAGGGUUGCGGUUGUCCCUGUUGCCUGCCCGUCGAAAAGGGUGGUCUAGGAGUAACCAAAGCAUAUAUGCACCAUGUGACAGCAAAGGAGACUGUCGGUGCCCACCUACUGAGUAUGCACAAUGUGCACUUCAUGCUGGCCUUGAUGGGGUCCAUACGACAGGCAAUUAUUGAAGAUCGCUAUCCCGCUUUCAUUUGCGAGUUUUUCUCGAAGAUUUAUAAAGGCGAUAAGUCCAAGUAUCCUGAAUGGGCAGUUGGUGCUCUGCGCGGUGUUGGAAUGGAUUUGCUUAGAGACUAA